AUGGCCCCCAGUCGCCGCAUGCAAAAGCAGGGUGUUCCCGAACCCCUGAACGAAUCGCUGGUCUCAAGAAAGAGAAAGGACGCUCCUCCGCCGCCAGAGGCAACGUACAAGAAACGCAGAACCGACCCCAACAAGCCCAAGAACUCUGCUGGAAAGAAGACGACCAAGGGCCAGUUCGCGGCCAACGGAAAGACACCAAAGACAGUAGCGAAGAAGGCCCAACAACUGGUCCAAUCCGAUGACGAAGACAUCGAAGACGACUCGGAUGCCGCUGACGAUUUGGGCGUUCUCGAGUCGGACGAUGAGCCCGCCGAGGACGAUGACUUUAUGGACUCAGACGAUCCGGAUGUCCAGCGCGCCAUGUGGUCUGAGGAUGAAGACGCUUCGGAUGCCGAAGAGAUCCUGAAUGCUGCCAACAUCGCUGGUCUUUCAGGUCGUCUUGACGAGGAAGCCGCCCAGGAGGCUGCUGAUGCACAGGCCGAACUCGAGGACGACGCCAUGCAGACCAACAUUGCUGCCGCCGACAUUCCCGAGGACGAAGACGACGAUGAGACUGCCCAACGAAAAGCCACUCUUGCUCCCGACCUUCAGCUGCUCCGUACCCGUAUCACCGAAACCACCCGUGUCCUGACCAGCUUCAAAGAGCUGUCUGACCCCGAACGCUCGCGUGUCGACUACAUCAACUCGCUCCUCAACGACAUCUGCGCCUAUUACGGCUACUCGCGCUUCUUGGCCGAGAAGCUGUGGAGGCUCUUCACCCCCCAGGAGGCUCUUGCCUUCUUCGACGCUAACGAGACCCCUCGUCCUCUGGUCAUCAGAACAAACACCCUCCGUACUCACCGUCGUGAUCUCGCACACUCCUUGAUCAACCGUGGUGUUACUCUCGAGCCCGUCGGCAAGUGGAGCAAGGUUGGUCUGCAGGUUUUCGAAUCUCAGGUCCCCUUGGGUGCCACCCCCGAAUAUCUCGCUGGACACUACAUCCUCCAAGCCGCCAGUUCGUUCUUGCCCGUCAUGGCCCUCGCACCCCAGGAGAACGAGCGUGUUCUGGAUAUGGCCGCUGCUCCCGGUGGUAAAACAACAUACGCCGCUGCUCUGAUGCGCAACACUGGUGUCAUUUUCGCCAACGACGCCAGCAAAGUCCGUGCCAAGGGUUUGAUCGGUAACAUCCACCGUCUCGGUGUCAAGAACACCAUCGUAUGCCAUUACUCUGCUCUCGAGUUCCCCAAGGUCAUGGGAGGCUUUGACAGAGUCCUUCUCGAUGCUCCUUGCUCCGGUACUGGUGUCAUUGCCAAGGAUCAAAGUGUCAAGACCAACAAGACUGAAGCCGAUUUCCUACGACUGCCUCAUCUCCAGAAGCAGCUUUUGCUUGCCGCCAUUGACUCGGUGGACCAUGCUUCAAAGACUGGUGGUUACAUUGUAUACUCAACGUGUAGUGUGACAGUUGAGGAGAACGAGCAAGUCGUUCAGUACGCACUCAACAGACGCCCCAAUGUCAAGCUUGUCAGCACUGGUCUUGUCUUUGGUAAGGAGGGUUUCACUAGCUUCAUGGGCAAGAAGUUCCACCCCAGCUUGAAGGAGACUAGAAGAUACUACCCUCACGCCUACAACGUCGACGGUUUCUACGUCGCCAAGUUCAAGAAGGUUGGACCCACACCUGCGAACGCUAUCAAGGCACAAGGCUCGGAAGAACAGAAGCAAAACGUAAAGAAGGACGGAGACGAGGAGAUUGUCGACAGAACUCCUAUCAGCGAGGAGGCUGAGAAUGACGUGUUCGGCGGCUUCUCUGACUCCGAAGAUGAGGCAAUCAUCCAACGUGCUCGUGCAAAGCAAAUGAAGAAGAAGGGUAUCGAUCCCAAAGCUACAAAGUCGACGAAGAAGCCUGCAGAGAAGGCAGUCACAUCUGAGGAGUCAAAUGCCGAGGAUUUAAUAGAGGAGAAGGUUGUGAAGUCGCCAAAGAGCCCCAAGACCGCCGAGAAGCCUGUCAAAGCACCUGUCAGCGAAGCUACUGAAAUCUCAACGGAGGCCCAGAGUAAGAAAGAGAAGAGGAGUUUGAACAAGGCCGGAAAGAAGGCUAAGGCCACUCCCAAGGCCAAAUAA